AUGAACAUGGACCCGCGGUACGUGGCCUCGGAAGGUCUCUUGCACGCCGAUCGCUGCACUGCCGAGUACAUCGGACGUGCUGCACAUCGCGCAGACGCUGUGUGCUUCCGUGCCAGUCGUGCUGCAGUCGCUCGUGCGCCAUUGGCCAUACCACGCACAUUUUACUAUGAGACUCUGAUUAUGGCUACAUCCCCGACCGCCAAAACAUCUGCGCUAUCGGUACCUGUGAGACUUAAUACCCAAACGACGCCGACCUCACAUCGAGCGGCUGGGGCACCACUGCGUCACGACGCUACUGUGCGAUUGCCCCACAACCAAAGCCAAAGCCCACUUUUGGAGUCAAUGGACACUGAAGACGUGUUAAUGGCUACUGCUACAGACGCGUUGCCAGUGGAACGACCUGCGAGUAUUAAUUUCUUGUCGACUCGUCGAUUGACGGAGCACUUGCAGUCAAUCAUUGACCGACCACAAGUCGGACGUAGCACGGACAAGCACAAUUGCGAGCACGGCAUUGCUGUCGGUUUUUUAUUGGACAAAGCAGAGCCAAAGCGUGCAACAUGGGGGCCGAAGGUGCCGUCCUGUGCGCUAUCUUGUCGGUCCAAUGGUGCUUCGGAGGCUGAGGUACCACGUAUGGAAGUCAAGCACUGGACGCAGAGGACAAUGUCAGGUAUCGUGGCCGGCGAGGAGUCGGACAAGGAGGAGGAGGAGGAGAAAGCAGAAGAGACAAGAGCAAAGGAUCAGGAGACGACGCGACCUGCGAUCGUACAUGAAGAUUUGCACCAACUUGUCAAUUCGGUGGCCUACGUGGGCAAAACAGGUCGCGUUGUCGCUCGUCAACGAAAGUGGUUGAAGUGUCAACGAUAUGGAGCAGGAGAUGUUGUGGGGUGUGGCAUCCUCUUUGACACAAACACGUUCUUUUUCACGCUGAAUGGCAGCUUGGUAGGCAUGUUGGCAGCUGCAGAUGUGCAAAAUUUGGACACUUUCGAAGAAGGUACAGACUCGGAGGAAGACGAGAGCGGUGUAGGUAGCUUGGCGGAGGAUAACGAAGACGAGAAGGACGGUUUGGUGGACGACAAUGGCAUGUGGAUCCCACCGGGUGGAUGCAAUGAUGUUGAUAUGGAAGAGACUGGCGGUUGUAGUAGGGUCAAGCACGUACUGUAUCCUUGUGUGAGUCUGCACGGUGCUGGCGAAUGUGUACGUGCGAUAUACGAAGCUGAGGAUUUCCUGUUCGACCUACCGGAGUUUGAACGGCAGAUUCAAAAGGAGCGCCAAGAGGCAUUGCUGGCAGAUCGUGAAAGACUGAGGAAAACGGACGUCGCGUGUGAAAGCGAUUGGUCCGAUCACAAGACUGACACUGUGGUAAACGAUCUGUUGCAGGACUUCUUUCUGCACAACGGCUAUGAAAGUGCAUACAAGGCGUUAAAAGCAACUCUUGAGCCUAUGAGACGGCAACGUCUAUCGCCAGACGGUAUGGACGUGGUCGACAAUAAUGAAGUUGAAGCGAGUACUGUGAGUAGCGUUAGGGAUGCGAAAAAAGGUGUUCAAGCAAAGAUGUCAGAAAGGGAGGACGCGCAGUCGGGUUUGCACAUUGAAAUGAAGAAAGCGAUGUGCGAGUCGCUCGGCUUACGCCAUGAGGUGCGUGAGCACAUUCGUUGCUGUCGUACAGCGCAAGCGUUGACAGUGAUCGAGCAACAGGCACUCGUGGCAGCUCGGACAGAUCGCCGUUCUCGUCAAUGGAGAAAACUGAUUCAGUCCUGUCGGAUCCUUUGUGUUAUCGACGUUUUGACUCGCAAAGGGGAGGCAAAGGUAGCCACUAUCUCGUCGAAAGCAUCGAAUAGCGCACCACGUAUGUUGACUACCGAGGAAGGCGAGUGUAAUGGAUGGAAUGCGGAAGUGGCGAUCGAGUUCGCACGUCAGAUGUUUGGAUCGUUCAGCGAAGUCGCGACUAACGGAAAGCGUAAAAGACUAGAGCGUAGCAAUGGGGUACGGAAGCAAUGCGAUGACUCACACGACGUCGCGCUUGCCAUGAGCUUGCUCCUCUACGGCCAGCGCGACAGUAUACCCAAGUCUAGUCGAGCCCGGCGAUUUUUGAUGCCCGAGUUUCGCGAAUCAGUAGCCGAGCAGCUGAAUGAGUUACUAUUGAUGUCUAACGAUGACGCGAAGACAGCACCGCGAGCGUCAGCGCUUGAAAAGUAUAUGGCAGACCACGAAAAAUUACGGAAAGAGUGUCUGAACCGAGGUUGUCGUGUAUAUCCGGAAAGCAGCGGCGAUAGCGUAAGCAAGAACAUGUUGCGUCGACGGAGAGCCUCAGUAUCUUCCACUUUGGACAAGUUUUCGUCAUCGUCAAGUGAACAGGACGAUCAUUCAGCUGGUGAUGAUAAUGAUGAUGACGACGACGACGAUGACGAGUAG